ACCACUGGAUGGCAGGAAAAAGAAAGAGAAAAUGUUAAUUCUCUCCUACCAUCUGGUGGGUGCCUCGUGUUUAGCAGCCUAGAUGUGAUAAGAUUAGAGGGUCCAUGAAUUAAAUAUUCCCCAUUCCAUCAACAAAGCCUGCUUGGUCUGUGUUGUGCAAAGAUGGCAUUUGGUUUGCUUAUUUGCAUUUUGCAUGAAGCCAGCCAGUUGGGUCUGUAAACUAUAGGUAAUGCGUUGUGUGAAUCUGGCCAACUGCGGUUAGCAAACCAUGGCUUACCAUCUUAUGCCAACAAUGCCACUACUUUUUAGCCUAGCCUAACUCAAAGGGCUGUUGUGAGGAUAAAAUUAGAGGAAGCUCUAAACUCCAGUGGGAUAGAUAGGAAUUGUAAAACACCUUGAGGCAUUUAAAGUAGGAAACAGUGCAUUUAGGUUUUUACAGUGUGGUCAGAAUUACUUGUUCAUAUUUAAUGAAAGGCUAAAGUAUUAAAGAAAUAAAGGCUUCCUGCCAUCAAACUCAAGUCUUGGUGACAUCACAGACAUAUCUGUGCAGCUUUCCUGGUAAAAUUAGGGAGGUGAUUUGACACUACAAUCUUCCAGGGCUACUUCCCAACCUAGUCCACAGCUGUGAGAUUUCCGAGUGGUCUCCUAUCCAAGAUCUCACCCAGUCCGACCUUACUUGCGUCCAAGUCUGGUUCCUUCAAUGUACGAUACGUUUCGAACGCUAGGGGGCAGUGGAGAAUCGCCUCUCUCACCUAGGCCGCGCCCCCUGGCACAAAUAGGAAACGCCAAGCGGAACUAUAUGAGCCUCACGGCAACCCGUAGCCAGAAUUCCUCUUCACGGCCACGAAGGGAGUCGGGUGUUGCCCAGCUGGAGCUAGCAGAAGCCACGGAGGCGGCCAUGGCUGCCGACUCGCGUCCGGCGCCCGGCGCCCCUGGGAGCCGCUUCCUCGUCGUAGGAGGCGGGAUCGCCGGAGUGACGUGCGCCGAGCGGCUGGCUGCAGAGUUUCCCUCUGAAGAUAUUUUUUUAAUCACUGCUUCUCCUGUUAUAAAAACGGUGGUGAACUUCAGACAGGUUUCCCGAACUUUAGAAGAAUUUGACGUUGAGGAACAAGCAAACAGCAUCUUAGGAAAGCGCUACUCCAACAUUAAAGUUAUACAAUCUGCAGUGAGUCAACUGAAAAGCAAAGACCACAAGAUCAUCACAGAAGCUGGUCAGGAGUAUACCUUUGAAAAACUCUGUUUGUGUGCGGGAGCCAAACCAAAAUUGAUUGCUGAAGGAAACCCUUAUGUGCUGGGAAUCCGAGAUACAGACAGCGCGAUGGAAUUUCAGAACCAUCUAGCAACAGCUAAAAGAAUAACCAUUGUAGGAAAUGGUGGCAUUGCACUGGAAUUGGUGUACAAAAUUGAAGGCUGUGAAGUAAUUUGGGCUAUCAAAGACCAGGCAAUUGGCAACACUUUUUUCGAUGCAGGAGCAGCUGAGUUCUUGAUUCCAAAGCUCACUGCUGAAAAACUGGAGCCUCCAGCAGCUUGUAAAAGAACAAAAUAUACCAUAGCAGAAAGAGAAGAACAAACUGCAGAAAAUCCUGGGAAAAUAGGAAGUGCAUUAGGCCCUGAUUGGCACGAGGGCUUAUAUCUAAAGGGAGCAAAAGAGCUAUGCCACCAAGUUCAUAUUGAAAAUAUGUGUGAAAUAAAGAAGAUAUACCUCCAAGAAGAGUUCAAGCUGUCACAGAAGGUAUCCCUGGCUUUCCCCAAAGCUCUAGAAGACAAGAGGAAUGAAGAAGCAGGGGAAGAGCUUUGGCCUGUAUAUGUGGAACUCACCAAUGGGAAGAUUUAUGGCUGCGACUUCAUUGUUAGCGCAACUGGAGUGAUUCCAAAUGUUCGGCCAUUCCUUGAUGGUAAUAAUUUUGCUCUAGGUGAAGAUGGUGGUCUAAAAGUUGACAGAUAUAUGCGCACUUCUCUCCCGAACAUCUAUGCAGCAGGAGACAUUUGUACGACGUCAUGGGAACCCAGCCCAGUUUGGCAGCAGAUGAGACUUUGGACCCAGGCGCGGCAGAUGGGAUGGCACACUGCAAAAUGUAUGGCCGCUGACGCUUUAGGAGAACCCAUAGAUACGGAUUUCAGCUUUGAACUCUUCGCUCACGUUACAAAGUUUUUCAACUAUAAGGUGGUGCUGCUGGGAAAAUACAAUGCUCAAGGCCUGGGUUUAGACCAUGAACUGAUGUUGAGGUGCACCAAAGGACAGGAGUACGUCAAAGUGGUGAUGCAAAAUGGACGAAUGCUGGGAGCAGUGCUGAUAGGAGAAACAGAUUUGGAAGAAACCUUUGAAAACUUGAUUCUAAAUCAGAUGGAUCUCUCCCGCUAUGGCGAAGACCUUUUGGAUCCAAAUAUUGAUAUUGAGGAUUAUUUUGACUAAACAUCUGGAAAAAAAAUCAGUAUCUAUGACUUUUUCCGAAGAGGCAAAAUGAUUUUACUGGACUGCAAUGAACUUAAUUAGACUUGGUAUAACCCCAGUUUCAGAGACAUGUGGCAUCUGACAAAAGACAAAGAAACUAUAUUUUAUUUAAAGUGCUGGGAAAAAUACUGACCUAAAGAAUAUAAAUAAAUAUCAUACAAAAUAGUUUAUGGCAUGAAUGGUUUACGUGCUGGGAUAAAACAGCAACUUGAUUCUAGCUGGG